AUGGCUCAUUUCCUCGGGCCGAAUGGAAAGAGUGAAGUCUUACGCCGUGAUUAUUCAUUUGUUUAUUCCAUCAAACACAACAAACCAAUUGAUCCGCGUCGUUACAAAGAAUGGUAUCCACAUCCAGGUUAUGCUUGGGCAAUGCGUCGUACAGCAUUUAAUGCUAUUGGUGGUCUAUGCGAAUUUUCUAUUCUCGGAUCAGGCGAUUUACACUUUGCCUAUGCACUUUUAAAUCGCAUCAAAGAAACAUUUCCGAAGAAUUUGCACGAAGAUUAUCAACGUUUAGCUAUAAAUUGGGGUGAAAAUGUGGCACAACUUGCACAAGAAGGUCAUAAUAUCGGCCAUGUACCUAUCAAUGUCUGGCAUCAUUGGCAUGGAAGUAGAGAUAAUAGAGGUUACGUUGAAAGAUGGGGUAUUCUCGAACGGCAUCAAUUUUCGCCUUCGAAAGAUCUAGAGAAAAAUCCUCAAACAGGCGUUAUUGCUCUUGCCAAUAAACGUCAUAUAGGCAAGCUACAAAUGUCUGUCCGUAUGAUUUCUUUGGAACGAGAUAUAGUUGCCUAUUUUCUAUCACGAAAAGAAGAUUCGAAAUCGAAUUUUGUGAAACCAGUUAAACCGAUUAAGCCCAAUCCAGCGACCGUAAAACCUAAGCCUGCAGCAACUGGAUCUUCAAGUCAUUUUAGAAAUUAUAGACCACCGCAAUCUUCGUUUCCAUCGUAUUACAAUCGACCAACACACAUUUGGACAUCAGAUUCAGGCGAUUCUCAUAUCAAUGAUCAUGAUUCAUGCUGGAUAGAUUGUACAUGUCCCGAACAUCAUGAUUGUCCGCACGCUGAAGAUUGUCCUUGUUGUAUACAUUAUGCCGGUGAACAUGAUUUUUGCCAUGAGACAGGAAAUGAAGAAGAACAUCAUGGUGAUGAGCACGACUACCGUGACGAAACAGGGCAUGAUGAAGAGUACCAUCGUGACCAUGAGUAUGACUACUCCGACAAUACGGGGCAUGAAGAAGACCAUGAUGAACACGGAGGACAAGAUUUUAAUGAUAUAGAAGGUGGAGAAUAUUUUUCACCAGAUUCAGGCGGAUUCGAUAAUGACUAUACAACAGGCGAAAACGAAUCGAAUGACUAUCAAGGUGAAACAACUGACUAUACUGGCCCAGGAAGCUUUUAUUGA